GGGUAUGGUGGCAAUGUCGUGCGGUUGCUGCGGGCGACGUCGUCGGCAGACGACAUUCUACGAGCGUUGCGCACGCUCAACGUGCCCGGUUCGACGCACCCCGACUUUUCGGUGACGAAGAGUCCGAGGUUAAUACACGGCGGCGUCACCUGGACGAUUACGCUCCCGUGGCAGUCGACGACCGCGGGACGACAAUUGAGUGUGGAGCCCUGGAAGCCCCACUCCCUUUCAGAUCUGCAGUGCGCCAUGCGUUCAAGUCCAGUCGUGAACGCGACGUUUGGGUUGCGAGGCACGAUUGGGUUGCAACUAGGAGACCACGCUUCGUCGGUAGCCUACGUCCCGGCGAACGCGACGGCCGCGGAGUUUGCCUCUGCUCUCCAAGAGGCGGGCAACAUUAGUACGGUAAGGGUCUCCAUGGACAUCUUACAACCCAGUCCGCCGUUGGGUAAUGAUGCGAGGAGGUGGCGCGUCACGUUUACGUCCUUUGCGGACGCGGGCGACGUUCCCUUGUUAAACGUCGAGCACUUGCCGGACGGUACGCAAGCUCGUGUCAAUGUGACGGAGGUCGUCAAGGGCCAGUCUGCUCCUGUCGCUAGGAUAGACUUGGUGCGCGGUCCCUCUAAACAAUUUACGGCAACUUAUAACACGGAGAGCGUCACGCUGUCUACAAACCUCACGGAAGACCAGUACAAGGUCGCGUUCCAGGACGCCUUCACGUCCCUUUCACCAUUACAUCAAUCUGUGAAUGCACUGGGUACCACAAAAGCAAGGAAUCCGGCUUACUUAGACGUGCAACGAGAUAAAACGAAGCUCUACGUCUUGUUCGCCAAGGGCGACGCGUCUCUUUUAACGGUGACGGGCGAUGCUUCCGUAUCCGUGAUAAGGCAAGCGUCUCAAAUUCAAAACGAGCUCCGAGGCAAUUUUACGUUACAGUUCGGGCUUUCCUGUCAAACGGAGUCCGCCUCGACCAUUUGCCAGCGGGCCAUCACAUCCCCAUUAAGGAUAGGAGCCAACGCGUCCGAGGUCGAGGCGGCGUUGGAGGCGUUACCUGAAGUUGUCGACGUCGAGGUCACGCGCGGAUUAAGUAGAGGUUCGAUCAAUGGCGACGUCUACGCGGUCACAUUUAGGGAGUUGAGAUUGCAUGCAUCAAGGGAUGCCGUGUCGGACGACCCGCGGACGUGGUCGCGCGAGUACUCUCGACUCUUAUAUGAUCCUCAAGCAUAUACAAAAGAUGGCGGCUCGUCGCUACCGAAGCUUGUGGGUGCAUUAAGAACGCCCUACGAAGGGGAGAGUGACAUCAUCACGCGCGUCGUGCGGGAAGGGAGAAGCCACCGGAAGGGCGGCGUCGUCGCUGUCGAAGUCUCGACGAACGGCGCCGACUUUACGGCCAGUGGCAAGACCUACGCGUAUGUAGCGUUGCCUACGGUAUCUUCAAUAAAG